CAGGGCAAAGAUGAAGGAUGGGAGCGGGGCUGAGUUCCUUGUCCUGAAGGAUUUGGUGCGGGGCGAAUCGAGGGGAAUCCGGAGCGAUGCACCGACCGGCAUCCCCCGUGCCCCGGGAGGGGAUCAAUAAACCCUCCGGCCGUGCGUGGGGAUGCGGAGGCGCUUGACCCACGGAAGAAAGAAGCCCUCAAGGUGCGUUUGCUCCUGCCAGUCGUUGUUGCUCCAUGGGAUUUCUUCUGCCCCCCGCAACUGACCUGAUGUGGACCGAAGUGUUUCUAACAUGAACUUUCUCUCUGGGAUCUGGUGGUCUCUUCCCCUGGUCUUGUUCUGGGCGACCCCACCAGUCACCUCCUCAUGGUGGUACAUGGGGGCCGUGGGCUCGUCGCGGGUGAUGUGCGACAACGUGCCGGGCCUGGUGAGCCGGCAGCGGCAGCUGUGCCGGCGGCACCCCGAGGCCAUGCUCUCCAUCGGGCGCGGCGUGGCCGCCUGGACGGCCGAGUGCCAGCACCAGUUCCGCCGGCACCGCUGGGACUGCAACGCCCUGGAGCGGGGGCAGCGCCUCCUCGGCCGCGUCCUGCUGCGCAGUAGUCGGGAAUCUGCUUUUGUACAUGCCAUCUCCUCCGCUGGAGUUGUUUUUGCCAUCACCAGGGCAUGUAGCCAAGGGGAGUUGAAAUCCUGCUCCUGCGAUCCCAAGAAGAAAGGCUCUGCCAAGGACAGCAAGGGCCAUUUUGACUGGGGUGGCUGCAGCGAUAACAUCGACUACGGCGUUAAAUUUGCCAGAGCCUUCGUGGAUGCCAAAGAACGGAAAGGAAAAGAUGCAAGAGCACUGAUGAACCUUCACAACAACAGAGCUGGAAGAAAGGCCGUGAAGCGGUUUUUGAAACAGGAGUGCAAAUGUCACGGUGUGAGUGGAUCAUGCACUCUAAGGACCUGUUGGCUGGCCAUGGCAGACUUUAGGAAAACAGGAGAUUAUCUGUGGAAGAAAUACAAUGGAGCGAUUCAGGUGGUCAUGAAUCAAGAUGGCACGGGUUUCACUGUGGCUAAUAAGAGAUUUAAGAAGCCAACUAAGAAUGACCUGGUUUACUUUGAAAGCUCUCCAGACUACUGUAUCAGGGACAGGGAUGUAGGGUCCCUUGGGACAGCCGGUCGGGUUUGUAACCAAACCUCCCGCGGCAUGGACAGCUGUGAAGUGAUGUGCUGCGGGAGAGGCUAUGACACCUCCCGUGUCAGCAGAAUGACGAAAUGCGAGUGCAAAUUCCACUGGUGUUGUGCUGUGCGCUGCCAGGACUGCCUAGAAGUGGUAGAUAUUCACACCUGCAAAGCUCCAAAGAGCGCUGGCUGGAUCUCCCGGACGUGAUGCACAGGCUACUGAUGCUUGAGGACCACAGCCUUUGCCCUUCCUGGUCCAAGCAGGGAACGCGUCUGAGGUCUUCUCUACUUUUAUGCCAGUUUUGCCUUUGUCUUUCAUUGCACAGAAGCUGCUGAAUAAUUAAUGCAAACUCUGGAGCAUUUACUUCCUACUUCUGCAUGACAGUGUUGCUGCAGAGUUGUCUGUGCAUAAACUGAUGCAGCUCUGGAAGGACGUACUUCUGCCGGGACUCUUCCAACCAACACGCAACUCUCCUCCGGAUUCCUUGUGGCAAUUCACUGCUGCCAUCAGAAACACAGCAAGACACAAAGAUGGGGCAUUUUGUACAAGACCACCACCACCAACUGCACGGGCUGAGCUUGCUCAAGCAUCUUCCAAAGGAUCUUGUGCUGGCCACAGCCGUGCCCUGGGUACAGAAGUGCUCGGGAGUUUGAGUACCGGUUGGUGAUUCCUCCAUGAGAGAAAAUUUGGGGCCAGGCUGGGUGAAAGGCUUUACCAGAGGGGUGUUUGUCCAUCCCCUGUGGACUGGAGUUUGCAGAGAGGUGGCCACCCUGGCCACCAUGCUGUGGCUUCUCAUGGGGGCAGAAAUUGGCCCACAGCGAAAAGCAAACUGCAGGAAAUGUAUUCAACCACAACAUUUUCAUAAACUAUUAAAGAAUCAAAGCAAAUGUUUUAGUUAUAUAUUUGUAAAAACUUGCCUUAAAAGCUUUUAAAAGGUCAUUAAUAUUAACUGCUGAGGGUUUUGGUGAUCUGAAGGAUCAAAGAGAUUUGUUUCUCAGCCUAGUGAGAGCUGGGUAUAGGACACUCAACUAUCCGAGGAGAAGGUUUUCUAUUUUUCACUUACUGAAUAAGCAGAAAAGUUUGCAGAAAGCUGAUGGAGAAGGAAAUACCUUGUCUCAGUAAUGAUCGGGUUUCUACAGAAUCUAUCAACUUCUAUGUUCUUUUAAAUUUAAUAAAUCUAUUAAAUGUGUUCAGAAUGAUACUUUCCAUUCAGAUGGGGACUUCCAAAUGAGAUUUUUUUUUCACUGAAUACUUUCUGCAAAAACUUAUGCCUGUGAUCAAGGGCGGAUUGGCCUCUGAUGGGGGCAGUUACAGGUUGUGCCAGGUCACAGAAAUUACAGCUGUGAGGAGCUGGGUCAGAGAGGGACCGAGCAGAGACCAGCAAGUGAGCCAACACAAAAGAUGGGGCCUAUGCUGGUAAGUCUAAUAAGGGUCUGGAAAAGCACCCACAAAGUGCAGAGGCAGGCAAGGUAAUGAAAAAAUAAUGUGGGAAAAGGAAGUUGAACAGGUGAUAGAACAUAUUAUAGAUGCAGGUAAAAUUUCCAUAUGAAAAUGAAAAAGA